GGUAUGAAUAUGAUUACUCCAUUGAUGUAAAAACACUGUUUGCUGGAACUAGUAGAAAUGAAUCUACACUACACAUCAGUGCUGAGCUGUCUAUAGAGUUCAUAUCAGAAUGUGAUGGAAUGCUGAAGAUCCAAGGUAUUUCAUUGAGGGAUGAUGGUAAUAAUGAUCCUGAUGCAGCUAUAGCAUUUUCGAUUGCUGUGACAGCACAUCCAUUAAGGUUUUCAUUCCAAGAUGGAACAAUUUCUGAAGUUUGCCCACAUCCAGAAGAGACGGCAUGGGUACUUAAUUUUAAAAAUGGGAUACUGUCAGCAUUGCAGAACUCUAUGAAACGAUUUGAUGUAGAUCAUGAAACUGAAGAGAUGGAUGUGAAUGGAAAUUGUCCGACACACUACAGCCUUGUUGGUGCAGAAAAAACUACACUGAUUAUUAAGAAGGUUAAAGAAAUUGGAUCUUGUAACAACAGAUAUCAGCAUCAGUCAGUGAUUCAGACAACACCAUAUUCAUUUAGAUCGAAUUUCCAGCCUCUUCCAAUUAUGAAGUCAAACAGUUCAUGUCAACUGCAUGUGGACCACAAUAUAUACAGCAAAAUUGAUUGUGAAGAAGUUCACUUAUUCCAACCAUUUUCAUACAAGCAAAGUGGAGCGAAAACUAUAAUUCAUCAAGUUUUGACUCUUACCUCAGAGUCAAAUGUAACAAUUGAUGAUAUAGAUACAAUCUCUAGAAGAACAUCCCUUUCAUUUGACCAUAUACAAACUCCAAAGCCUAUGUCUGCUGAUCUUGGAACAUCAAGAGACCUUCUUAUGUUAAUGUGUGAACUGAAUGAUGAUGGUGUCGAGCCAGAGUUUCCUGAUGCCUUCUCCCACUUCAUACACAUUGCUCGGCUUUUGUCCCACGAUGCACUCCAGGCACUGUAUGAUGAAGCUCCUACACUCUGUGAAAGUGCACUGAGGCACAUGACUGAUGCAUUACCCCUGCUCGGAAGCAAUGCUGCCGUACAAGUAAUGACAGAUGCAAUUCUAGAGGGAGACAUUCCAACAAGUACCGCAAAUGAGUGGUUGUUUGCUAUGGCUUUCAUCCCAAGACCCAGUCUUGAAACGAUUACUAUUAUGUCUCCAUUAUUAUCAAGUGAGACAUCCAAUACUGAAGCAUUACUCAGUUUAUCAUCUGUGGUUCAUACAUACUGCAAGAAGAAUAGUGGUUGUGAAAAUGCUACUCAAGUACAGGACACUGUCUCACACCUACAAGAACUGGUGCUAAGUGGUUGUCAAAAUACAAGAAAUAACAAGAUUUCAUACUCUCAGGUGAUAGUUGCUCUUAAAACACUUGGGAACAUUGGUGUGAAUAAUGCAAAGUUAUCAUCUGUUUUGCAUAACUGCUUAGAAAAUGAAGAACUACCAAUGGAACUGAGAGUAUCUGCCAUUGAAACAUACAGACGAUUUCCUUGUGAACCAGAGAGGGACUAUUUCAUUGAUAUAUAUAGAAAUCAUGCAAUUGAUCCUGAAAUUCGGAUUGCUGCAUAUUUGCAGAUAAUGAGAUGUCCAAAUUAUAUUGUCAUAAAAACAAUAAAACAUGCUCUAAUUGAAGAAGAAGUCAACCAAGUGGGGUCAUUUGUAUGGAGUCACCUAAAAAAUUUAUUGAAGUCAUCUAAUCCAAACAGGGUGGAAAUUCAAGGUUUACUACAAGAUACUGACAUAGGGAAGAAGUUCAGCAGUGAUAUAAGGAAAUUUUCUCAUAACUAUGAAGGCUCAGUAUUUGUUGAUGAAUAUAAUGUUGGUGGAAAUUAUGAAGGAAAUAUUAUUUUUUCCCCACGGUCUUACCUUCCACGCUCAGGAUCAUUAAACUUGACAGUUGAUUUAUUUGGACAUUCUAUUAACAUCUUAGAGCUGUCAGGAAGAAUGGAGGGAUUUGAGCAUUAUGUGGAAACAAUUUUUGGACCAAAAGGACCCUUUAAUGGACAGAAAGUGAAACAAGAAAUACACAAACGCUUUUACAGAAGUGCAAAUGGUGAUCUGAAGGAGAGUGUCAACAGCUUGCCGAAUGUAAUUGACACUAACUUCUAUGACCCCAAAGCCUCUCUAGGGCUCAAGAUUUUUGGAAAUGAACUCAAAUAUGGGAGCAUUGAAGGUCAGGAUGAAGUCAGUGAGCUCCUGCAGUCACUGAACCCAUUCAGAAAGCUGCAGCAGAUCCUUUCAGGAAAGGAAGUAUUUCUCAAGAAGUCUUUGAUGUUUUUGGAUACAAACUAUGUUGUUCCUACUGGAAGUGGAUUUCCAAUCAACUUGAAUGCUGUCGGCACUGCUGCUGUUCAUCUAAAAAUGUCUGGUCAGCUCAAUAUUACUGAUUUCAAUUCUUCAGGUCACCUGGAUUUAAAAGGAGAAAUAAAACCAAGUGUUGCUAUUGAUGUUGUUGGUACCAUGGGUCUGGAUGCUUACUAUGGAAAGACUGGUAUAAAGCUGAAAACAAAUUUGUACUCAUCUUCUGCUGUGGAGGGUCAGUUGAAAGUCAGAGGAACUAAAUUAGUAAGCCUCUCAUUUAGCUUGCCAAAGCAGAAAUUUGAAAUCAUCAAGGCCCAAUCUGAAUUGCUGGUGAUGAAACAUGGUGCAGAGGAGCAGCAGGGUGGAAUUGAGGAAGACAGAAUACAAGAAAAAGUCUGCACUUGGCCUUCUGUAGAUGAGACACUAGGUCUAAUGGUUUGUGCUGAUUAUCAGUUUCCCAAUACAAGCUUCAGAACUGAUGUAGCUGCAUUUAUCUUGAACGGCCCAACAAAGUUUCAAAUUUUUCUGAAAAAAGCAGAUCCAACUGCAAAGAAAUAUCUAAUGGAGUAUAAAUGGGAUUCUAGUGAAAAUUCCACAUUUGUGAGCUUCAUUUUUGACACACCAGGAUCUAAACUGAAGCGUGAACUUAGUUUCAAAAUAAAUCUAGAUAAAAAUAGUCAAAAUGUCACUUUAUUAAUACAUUCUGGGAACAAUACAUAUGAGGCCUUAGGGAAGUACAAAAAUACACCCAAUGACAAAUAUCUAAAUUUUGGCCUUGAUGUAAAUGGAAGGAAAAACUUUGAUGCUGAAAUAAGCUUAAAAACAAGACCAGGAAAAUAUGGAAAUACAUAUGAACCUCGUUUCUUCCUGGCAAUCAAUGACACGAGAAUCGUUGAACUGUCAGGUCGUGUACGCUGGGUUGAAAAAAGGAAUAUUUCACAGUGUGAUGUGAGUCUGGAAUUCAAUACAAGAAAAUUUUUCACAAAACUCUUUGGCUAUGUAAAGAAGACAGAUACAGUUCUUGCUACUAGUUUGAGACUGGAUUACAGAUUUAAAGAUGAAAAACCACAAAGCAUCAAAAUGGAGGCCAAAUUUAUUUCAAAAACCAUGACCAAGGCACAAGGAUCAAUACAAUUACAAUCAACUGCAUACCCUCAGUUUGAUUUCACUUCCCAACUUAUGUUUCUUAGAAAUAGUGACCGAAUGGAUUUUUGGAUGGAGAUUGUUGUUGGACCACACCAGAAAGAUAUAAAAUCAAAAUUUGUUCUAACAACAUUGAUUCGUUUCCUAAGAGGCCAUGACAAUGUAAGAUUUGAUGCAUCUGUACAUAUCAGUAAACCAAUCUCAUCCAUUGACAUGAGAUUUAGUUUGGGAUAUCUCAAUACAGGACCAGAAACAAGCAUACUUGUGACAGUUAGAUAUGCUCCAGGUAAAGAAGUGCUUAUUCAAUUCAAAUUAAAAAUGCCUCAUACAUCAUUUACAUUUUUUGAGGCAAUGUUCAACUUGACAUUACCAGGUUUCAAUCCAAUGGUUGUGGAACUAAAGUUACAUGAGAAAUCUCCAAAAGAAUAUGAUAUUGAAUUCUCUGGAUCAUGGUUUAGUGGACACUCUAUAAGUGGUAAAGGACUGUAUCAAGACAAAAGUACUUCAAAAACAAUGAACCAUCAUUUGAAACUUGCUGUCAAGUCUCCAAGUUUUAAUGAACUUACGGUGUCAUUCCGGUUAAUCCAAGAUGAUACAGAAUUCAAAACAAAUAUUCUGGUUACUCACGAAGAUGACAAAUAUUCUGUGUUGGUGAAACAAGUGUCUCCAUCUACAGAACACUAUGAAAUGAGCAGAGAUAUACACCUGCUGCUAAGAGGUCUCAACAAACCAACAAUGAAGGAAGCUGGUGUGGAAAUAGAAUGGGAUGCUAAUAGAGACCCAUUAAAAAAAUUCAUUAUAUUUGCUCGUUAUGAUAACUCUGCAUUCUUAAAUUACAGUGCCAAAUUUAAACUUUCAUAUCCUGGUCGCUCAAUUAAUGCAGGAGCCCUCUUUGCUGCAAAAGAUCCAGUUUUUGAAUCACAGGCUUACUUGGAAUGGAGUCCUACAGAAGCAAUCAGCGUAAAACUUGGAGCAUCGUACAGAUAUGACACUGUUGUAAUGGUGUCUGGAAUGUCAGAGUUGUUGACUCCUUUUGAGAACUGGAAGACAACUGCUGCCUCAGGAAGAUUGUACUUGGAAGAAAAUUUAUUUCAUGCUAAUGGAAGUGUUCACUGGAAAGAUGAUCAGAAUGUUGCUCUGAAUCUGUUUGGUGAUUAUUCUUUGUCUGAUGAACUAUUUAUUUGUGAAUUUAACACCUCAGUAUGGAGCACAGUUGAACAUAUACCUUCACUGUCAGGAAGCUUUUUCCACAAGCAAGGCAACAAAAAAUAUGAAACAAAGAUAUACUUAAAGUAUAUGCCAGAGAACAUCAUUUCAGUAAGGAGUUUAUGGGAAUUAGAGCAAAGCUCAGAAUCAACAAAUCUUACUGGAACGGUGUCGCUGAUUUCUCCAUUUUCAUCAUAUCGGAAAGGAGUAUUAAUCACUCGUAUACAUGUAGACUCUGAUAAUGAUGUUACAGGAGUUGCUGAAUUAACUAUGAACAGGAGAAAAUAUACAACAACACUGAAAGGUCACUUUGAGAAGCUCACAAACAGUUUCCUCUAUUUCAAUAUCACUACUCCAAUACCAAAUUAUAGCACAAUAGUUGGUCGUUUUGGGUAUUCUGAAGAAGAACGACACUUGGUUGCUCUUGUGAAGAGUCCAGUUGGUGGUUUGGGAGUAGAAGUGCAAUUCUAUAUUCUCAACUCCAAAAAUUUUGAUAUUGUGUUCCAAGUUUUGUCUCCAAUGGAAUUUCUAAGAGAAGCAGUAAUAAUGGCAAAAUUAAAGCCUAACACGGCAAAUUUCAAAGUGGGCUGGAACAAACUAAUCCUAGGAUUUUCUGGAAUUUGGUAUUAUAUGAAUAUUACAAAUUUUGAGUAUUCAUAUAAAAUUUACACACCAGUAGAGAGAUUUGAAGAGACUGGCUUUACUGCCAAGAUUUUAUAUGGAAAUGGACUUGAUUUUGACAUGAGCCUCCUACUAGCCGGAAAGAAGAUUGGAGUGAAAGUGAAAGGACUUAAUAAGCCACGUCCACCAGUUGAUCUGCAAAUAGCAAACAAGAAACUGAAUUUUCUGGAAGCAGAAGAGGAUGACUAUUAUGAUGAUAGUCUAUAUGAAGAGGCACUUAGCUGGGAAGGUCUUGUUGAACUGGAUGCCGUUAUCUACCCAACAAUUAAAGGAUUUUUGGAAAUUGAUGAGAAAGACACUCUGUAUGCAGUGCAUGGCUACUUGGUUUUGCCUAAUGGAACAGCAGAAUUUUAUGAUGACUUUGACUUCAUUGACUAUUUCACCAUCACUAACAAGUUGGUUAUAACGUCUCCAUUUACGUCUUUUAAAGAGAUACAGUCUGAUCUGGACUACAAAAUAACUGAGACAAUUUUUGGUUUGCUAUUUGACCUCAAAUCCAAAGAUACAGAUGGAAACUGGGCAGUGUCAGGUAUGUUACUGAAUUACACAGCUUUGGAAAGCACUAUAUAUAGGCCCGAAACUCAUUAUAUGCACAUGAACAUUUAUACACCAUUCAAGAGAUUCAAGAAUGUAGAUGUCAAAGCUGGACUGCAAACAGGAAAUGGCUUAUAUCAUACAAAUUUUAAUUUAUCUACUGAUUACACUUCAGUUGCUGCCACUGGGAAUCUUAAGAUAAAUGGCGAAUACACUGAAAUCUCUGGUGGUAUGAACCUGAAUUCCUCAAUUUUGAGUAUACCUACAUUUAAUGUUAUAAUUACAAGAAACUUCAGCAAAGCAGGGAAUAUGAUAGGAAUGUCAUUAUACCGUCUGGGAAAACCACUUCAGACAUACAAAACAGAAUGUCAGUGGCUUGUUUUAAAUGAUACAAGUAUUAAAGCAUCCCUGAAAUUGCUUACUCCUAUGGAAAAAUUACAGUCAUUAGAAUCACAGUGGCUGGUGGCCUCUAAUUUUGAUGAAAACUUUUGUAGUCUAAACUUUUUGAUCAAACAUAAUGUGGAAAAUGAAAUAAAAUUUUAUGCUAUGAUGACAGAAGAUCACUUGUCAGCAGAACUGAAUACACCAUCAAAGAAUUUAAGGCAUGCAGUUUUGCAAGCCACCAUUUCACAAGUUCAAAAAAAUAAUAACUUAAUUAAUGCGAAUGUAAAUGCUGAUGAAACAUCAUACACAUUGAUUGGAAGUAUAGAGCGUGAUACUCAGCAUCCAGUAAAGAUUGUCUCCCGGCUGAGUUCUCCUACCAAAGGGGAAACGGUUUCAUUUACAGUGGAUGUAGCAAAGAAGUCUUAUGGUUAUGAGCUGACAUCUGUUGUAACAAAAGCAAAUGAAAAAGCAGAGUUUCACUGUGACUUAGUUUCAAAACCUGGUUUAGAAUAUAGUGUGAACUUCAAGGCAAGUAGUACACAUAAAUUUUACAAACGUGGUGCCCUGACUGGAAAAAUAUUAAUAUAUGAUAACAUGAAUUACACAGUUGAAGUUACAGGAGAAACUCCAUUCAAGGAUUUUGAAAAAAUUGAAGCCAUAGGGCAUUAUUAUUUUCAGAAAAGUUCUGGGGCUUUGAAAGCAGCUCUUAACCUACCAGUUGUUAAAGGACAUGUUCUAGGAGAAUGGAAGUGGAUAUUGAAGGAAGAUAUGAAAGUUUUGGUUGAAGGUUCUGUGGAAAGCAAAUCUUUUACAAAACAUGGAACUGUGGAGAUGUUCUACCAGAAUAUACCUAGCAGAACUCGAUAUGUUGCUAUUGGAGUGGAUGUUAAUCUCAACAAAGGCAUUUGGCAAUUUGGCACAAAUGCUUCAAUGAAGGCAAGUUCUGAGAAAGAUGUUGAAAUGGAAUGCAACCUAAAACUGCCUCCACCAUACUUUGAAGUUUACACUGUGUUUACAAAACUGAACUCUACUGAAACAUAUUCAUAUGUUGAUAGCACUGCAAGAUAUUCUACUUACAAGAAAAGAUCAUUGUAUGGAUAUUCUGUAUUGCUUGACUCACAGGAAGGAGGGACAAAUGGUCGUUUGCAGAUACAGUGGGGAAAUGGACAGAUAUCAGAAAUUCUGAAUAUAUUGCAGCUGAAAUACAUCAAUGACCUAACAGACUUGUUUUAUUCACUGAAAACACCUAUGUAUACAGAAAAGACAUUCAUUGCUACAGCUCUUUUCAAACCACUGGGAAAACAGCAGAAUAUGAAGGCAAAUGUGUAUUGGCCUGAAAGUAAUAGAGUAGCUACUGCUGAUAUUGAUUAUGUAACAGCUUCAGAUAUGAAAGGAACUGUAAAUUCUACUACACCAUUCAAAAUGCUUCCCUGGGCAGCCCUCAACUUUUUGAUCAAGAAUGAAAGUGUUAAUAACAUCUACAACUUUGAAUUCAUUUGGCCAAACAAUACAGCAUUGUUUAAUUCAAUCAACAAAUGGGAAGUUAAAAAUCAUGCAACAUUUGUAGAGGGCACAAUCAAUCUUGAGAUUCCUUUAGCAACAAGACACAUUGGCUUGGUUGAAUACAACUACCAGGAAACACCAUUGCAUCAAAAUGGAGUAGCUGCAGUGAAGUACAAUGGUGAAAAAGAAAUUGAUGGAAAGUAUAAUUGUGUAUCAGAAUCAUCUGCUGGGUUUGAGAAGGACAUAAUAGACAUUGAAUUACAAAACAAAUACUUUCCUCUAGGCACACACUAUGUGCAUUCCUUUGAAUACAGUAAUGGUGUGGAUGGCUUAAAUUUACCAACUGUUGAUUUCAAGCAGAUUGAUUUAUUUAGGCUAGACAAUCGCUCAGCAUUUAGCCUCAGUGGAGAUCUUAAUAUCCGGACAACACAAACUGGACAAGAAAUAAAAUUAACAGCGAUACAUACAAACAGGACAGUGGAACUUAAAACAGACUAUCAAUAUCUUGACUCUAAAUUCUGGCAGAAAACCACUUUGCACCUGACACCAGAUGCAUGGAUCACUUGUGAUACUACAUUCACCAACAAAACAUCUCUCAACAAGGAAGAAGAACACUUUGAAAUUAAUUUUGCUUAUCCUCGAAGAAAUUACACAGUCACUGGGCACUAUGGUUCAGAUAACAAUUCCUUGUCCUCGGAGGUAACACUAAUGUGGGACAAACAGGCAGAUGUGAAAACUGUGACUGGUAUUAUCGACUGGAAAAGAAUAAGUGAAAUUCCAAAUGCUCAACAUGCCCUUAUUGUCAUCAAACAUCCUUCAUUUGAAAAGGAUGUUACUCUGAAUGGUCACUACCUGAGUAAUGAAAUAGACAUUAUGAAUGUUAACAUGGACCUUGAAUAUUCUACAGAUCCAGAGAAAAAGUUUUCAUUAUCUGGCAGGUUAUUAAAUAACUCAGACAAGAAAAGAAGGAAUUAUGGGUUUGAGCUGAUGACUAGCCACCCUGAUACAAGCCUUGAUCUGAAGAUGAAAGGUGGGAUGUGGACUGGUGACUCCAUAUACAGCACUAAUAAUAUUGUAAGUUAUAGAAGAUCUUACCUCCCGCUCCAGACUGGAGAACUGAAGGCGAUGUACAACUCAGCCAAGAAAGAAAUUCACUUAGAGAAAAGAGCACAGGAUGAGCUGUCUUACCUGAAGGGUAAAUAUUUUGGGAAAUAUCCAGAGUACAAAGUAAAUGGGUCAGUAUUAAAAGAUAAAGAAAUGAAUGCUACUGGACACUUCUACCUGAACUUCGAUGAGAAACUUGUGGCUGUUACUGUUCUAAACCAGAGGCCAGAUGUCUUAGAAAGUUUUUAUGUGGAUGGAAAGAUACCAGAUUCUCGCAACACACUUCUAAAUGUAUGGAGAGAGUAUGAUGAUGUCCAUGUGUCCGACAUAUCAUUCUAUCUCCGAUUAAACCACUCGAGAUUAAUUACAUCGAAACUGCUUUGGAGACCUGAUCUUCAAACUGAUGUUCAGAAAGGUGUUGAGUACUGCUUCCGAACCUUUCAUGAAGGUAUAAAUGAAACAAUUGAUUACUGGAGAAAAUAUAUAAGAUCUGAGACUCAUGAAGCACUAAAAGGUGUUUGGGAUAGUGCCGAACCAUAUUUAGAAAACUUCAUAUAUGAUUUAAGGUCACUGAGAGCUGUAAAUGACGAUUUUGAAGAGUUUAAAGUGUUCCUUAACAACUCCUACAAUGCAAAUGAAUUCUACAUUAAAGAUAUUUUCAAUUAUUUUCAGUACAUAAUUGAUAAAUUAUCCAUUAGGGAACAUAUUGAAUCACUUCCAAAAAUUGUAAAUGAAAUAUGGGAAAUGAUGGGUGAAUCAGGAGAAGCUGUUAGGGAAUCAAUUUUGUGGAUAGUUGAUACUAUUAAAAAUUCAUAUAUGAAGAUAAUGGAUUUUAUAAACUCUUUCCUGAAAGGAGAAUCAACAGCCCAAAUUGCAGAAAUGCUUGAAAACUUUGCUGAGAAAUAUGACAAGUUUAUGAAAGAUUUAAAUGUGGCAAUCAGGAAGCAUAUUGUAGACUUGUGGGAUAAGACAACUGUAUUUCUUUUUGAAUGUUGGAAUAAGUUCCUCCGAACAUUUGAGCCUAGUUUCGUAACAUUUGCUCAUUAUGUGGAGACAGCUGCGUUGGAAGUAAGCAAUGAAAUUUUAGAUUUCUUGUAUCAGAGACGAAGUGAGAUUGUAGAAUCUCCCUAUUUCUCCAAAUUUGCCAACUUCACACAAGAUCUGGACAAAAUUUAUAAAGACUUGCUGAAAAAUGAUGCACUUACAAACAUAAAAAAGUAUUCUUACAUAAUUUAUCAAUUCCUGGAAGAUAAAUAUUUUGCUCUGGUUCCAUUUGGUAAAGAACUUAAACAAGUAUUCACUGAAAUUAUAAAUGAAUUCAAGGAACUAAGGAAGCUUCAGUCCGUUAACUUUGUGAUAGAGAAGACAAAUGAACUAACUGAAAAGGUUAUUUGGUUUUACAAUUAUUUUGAUUUAGGCACAAAAAUACAGAAGACUGUGAUUUUGAUACAUUCAAAACUUACUGACAUGACACAAACAGCACUACAGGCAGAAAAUCGAUAUCGAGAGGCAAAAACAAAAUUUAUCUUUGAGCCUGAAAAUGGUGACGUGGAAUUAGAACAAAAGCUUCCAAUGUCUUGGCAUGCCUUUAAUGAAACCCCAAGGUUUGAGGAGAUUCCAGAGUAUAAGAAGUUAAGCGAUAUGCAAAACUAUUUCUCAACAUCAAACACGACAUUCUGGUCACUCUAUUAUGAAUACAAGUCACUUAUUGACCCAUCAAACUGGCUGCCUCCAUUCAAAGGUCAUGCAUUGAUAGUUGCACCACAACACUUCAUGACAUUUGAUCAGAAAUUUUUUGAAUUCCGGGGAGCUUGCUCCUACCUUCUGUCAACAGAUUUUUCUGAUAGGAACUUUUCAAUACUGCUGGUCAGUGAUCCAGUGAUGGAAGGACAUUUGUAUGACAUUGUGCUACUAAUUGAUGAACAUGUGGUGCAAGUGGAUCUGUUUAAUGAUGCAGUAACAGUUGAAAGGGGAGCUAUUACACAUCUUCCUGCCCAAGUUGGAGAUAUGUACAUUUAUCAGGAAACUGAAAUUAUUACUAUAGAGAGUGCUCGUGGCGUUCACAUACAGUGUAAUCUUAAAUUUGAUCUUUGCUCUAUAACACUUUCAGGAUGGCAUUAUGGCAAGACAUUUGGAUUGCUGGGAACAAUGGAUAAUGAGCCAAUAAAUGAUUUCUUAACUUCAUAUGGAAAGGUGGAAACUGAUGUAGAAAGGUUUACCCAAAGUUGGAUUCUAGAACCUCACAAAUGCAGUUCAGAUAAGAACUUUGCAAUAGAUAUAGCACAGCCAAAUGAAAAAUUAAGAAACUUGUGCCAGGCAUUUUUUAAAAGUAAAUCUUCUCAGUUCAGCACUUGUUUCACCAUGGUUGAUCCAACACCAUUCUGGAAUAUGUGCACAAACAGUGACCCAGUGAAUGAAAAUGAGGCCUGUGCAACUGCAAUUGCAUAUAUGCAGGCUUGUCUGCUGGAACACACCCCAUUAAGAAUUCCAGAUACAUGUGUAAAGUGUGUCUUACCAAAUGGGACAAAUCUUGUGGAAGGAGAUUUUCUACAGCUGAAUGGAACCUCUAUUCCCCAUUCCACAGAUAUAGUCUUUAUUGUUGAAGCUUCGGAGUGUAAUAAAAAUAUCAGGGAAAAUCGAAAUAUAGAUUUGUUGAUAUCUGCAUUGUCAAAAGAAUUAACUGAUAAUGGAUUUGUAUCAAACAGAUUUUCUCUUAUUGUAUUUGGAGGAGAUGGUGUCUAUGAUGCACCACGCAGCAUUGUCAUGAACAACAAGAUCUUCACAUCAUCAGAGCACAUAGCUGACUACUUUAACAAUGUUGUUACAGGACAUGGCAACAGAGAUAUUUUUGGUGCAAUUAAUUAUGCUACUAAACUUAUAUACAGACCUGGAAUUUCAAAAACGUUUAUCCUUCUGCCCUGCAGUGAAUGUGCACCUGAAAAUAUGACGCUGGAUUAUUCUGCACUCCACCAGGGCCUUCUAGACCAUGGUAUUACUCUCCACAUUCUCAUGAAUGAGGAAUUUAGAUUUGAAAAACCACGCCUGCAAAAAAUAUUGUAUGGAAUUGAUGGAAAAACUGCAUUUACCAAGAAUGAUGUGAAAAAUCUGAAGGGAGACAAAGGUCUGAGACGGCAAGUGAAACUACCAAAGACUCUGCUUGGAGUAUGUACUGCACUGGCUCUUGAAACAAAUGGAUCAGUUUUUAUGGCUAAGAAACUUGAAAUGGAGAAGAAGAGCUUUGUUAAAAAAUAUCUUAAUGUCUUCUCUAAGAGAGUUGUCAACAGUGCUGCCCCUUUCACCUGUCAAGCUUGUGAAUGCACUGCACACAAUAAUGGUGUAAGCUACACAGAAUGUUUUCCAUGUGAAUAUCCAGUACCAUCACACAUAGAUCCAGAGUUUACAAGAGACAUGGAUAUUCCAAUAGAAUAUCAGUCAAGUAUUGACUACACAGAUGAUGAUGAUUAUUAUUGAAAAUUAUACUAUUUAUAAAUGAGGUCUUAUUUAUAUGUAAAAAGUUGAUAGAUAUUUUCACUGUAAAUACAUCAUUUUGAAUCACAAUUGUUGAAAAGAUAUGACAGAUUCUCUCUCUCUCUCUCUCUCUCUCUCUCUCUCUCUCUCUCUCUCUCUCUCUCUCUGUGUGUGUGUGUGUGUGUGUGUGUGUGUGUGUGUGUGUGUGUGUGUGUGUGUGAUAUGUAAAUAUUAUGUAAAUUCUGCAUGUUAUGAAAGCAUCCGAAUUGUAAUUUAUGUGACAGCUUGUAAUUAAAGAACUUUUGUCAUAGCA